AUGUCCAGCAGCGAGCAUUUCGACUGCCAUUACUGCAAAGACUCCCUGCUGGGAAAGAAGUACAUAAUGAAAGAGGACACGCAGUACUGCACUAAGUGCUAUGAGAACCUGUUUGCUAACUGCUGUAAGGGCUGCUCUUCACCAAUUGGCUGUAACUGCAAGGACCUGUCCUAUAAGGAUCACCACUGGCAUGAGCAGUGCUUCGAGUGUGCCAAGUGCAGCCGCUCUCUUGUGGAAAAGGCCUUCGCAGCCAAGGAUGAUCUGUUGCUCUGCACGGAGUGCUACGCCCUUGAUUACUCCGCCAAGUGUACCACCUGCAAGAAAACCAUCAUGCCAGGUUCCCGCAAAAUGGAAUACAAGGGGAACAGCUGGCAUGAGACCUGCUUCCUGUGCCACCGCUGCCAGCAGCCAAUAGGAACCAAGUCCUUCAUCCCAAAAGACUCCGGCUACUUCUGUGUGCCCUGCUUUGAGAAGCAGUUUGCCUACCAGUGCUGUGCUUGUAAGAAGGCCAUCACAACAGGUGGAGUGACCUACCAAGAGAAGCCCUGGCACCGUGAGUGUUUCCUAUGCAUCGGCUGCAGAAAGCAGCUGUCGGGUCAGCGUUUCACCUCCAAGGAGAACUACCCCUACUGCCUCGAAUGCUUCAGCAACCUGUAUGCAAAGAAGUGCGUGGGUUGCACAAAGCCCAUCACCAGUCUGGCAGGGGCCAAGUACAUCUCCUUUGAGGAGCGCCAGUGGCACAGCGAGUGUUUCACCUGCAUGCAUUGCGCUAUGUCACUGGUGGGACGCGGCUUCCUCACCCAGCGCGACAACAUCUUGUGCACCGACUGUGGGAGGGAGAAGUGA